GGCCGAAAGUUUCUCUGCCCGCCUCGCCCUGCGAGUCCGACCCGGGAGGGGCCGGGGCGCCGCGGCACCCACCUGGCCCGCCAGCUCUGGAGAGGAGACAGGAAUGCAGCGCCAGACACACUGAGAAAUAAAUUCCCAAGUCAGCCCGAGGCGCCGGGGGCCAGGUCUUCGGUUCUCCCAGGCUUUGUGAGGCCUUUGCUAUGACUGCAGUCUCUCUUGGAGCCAGGCCUGCCUCUUGCUGCCACAGUCACACCAGGUGCCUGCUCUGCCCUGCGCGUCUUUGACCCUGAGCCACCAUGGGCAGCGUCAGUAGCCUCAUCUCUGGCCACAGCUUCCACAGCAAGCACUGCCGGGCUUCCCAGUACAAGCUGCGCAAGUCCUCCCACCUCAAGAAGCUCAACCGGUAUUCUGAUGGGCUGCUGAAAUUUGGCUUCUCCCAGGACUCAGGUCAUGGCAAAUCCAGCUCCAAGAUGGGCAAGAGUGAAGACUUCUUCUACAUCAAGGUCAGCCAGAAGGCCCGGGGCUCCCACCACCCAGAUUACACUGUGUUGUCCAGUGGGGACAUGGGGGGCCAGGCCGGGCUGGACUUUGGCCCAUCCACCCCACCCAAGCUCAUUCCCUUCUCCAAUCAGCUAGACAUGGGCUCAGAGAAGGGAGUGGUCAGGCCCACAGCUUUCAAGCCCGUGCUGCCCCGGUCAGGAACCAUCCUCCACAACUCCCCGGAGAGCACCAGUCACCAGCUGCACCCUGCCCCGCCAGAGAAACCCAAGGAGCAGGAGCUGAAGCCUGGCCUGUGCUCCGGGGCCCUGUCUGACUCGGGCAGGAACUCCAUGUCCAGCCUGCCCACUCACAGCACCACUAGCAGCUACCAGCUGGACCCGCUGGUCACCCCCGUGGGGCCCACCAGCCGUUUUGGAGGCUCCGCCCACAACAUCACGCAGAGCAUCCUCCUCCAGGACAGCAACAUGAUGAGCCUGAAGGCGCUGUCCUUCUCUGAUGGGGGCAGCAAGCUGGCCCACCCAAGCAAAGUGGACAAGGGCUCCUCAUGUGUCCGCUCCCCCAUCUCCACCGAUGAGUGCACCAUCCAGGAGCUGGAGCAGAAGCUGCUGGAGAGGGAGGGGGAGUUGCAGAAGCUGCAGCGCAGCUUCGAGGAGAAGGAGCUGGCCUGCAGCCAGGUCUACGAGGAGCGGCAGAGGCGCUGCAAGGAGGAGCUGGACGGCCUGGAGCAGAAAAGCAGCGGCAGGCUGAAGCCUGCCUCCCAGAAGAGCCAGCGCACACAGCAGGUGCUGCACCUCCAGGUGCUGCAGCUCCAGCAGGAGAAGCGGCAGCUCAGGCAGGAGCUCGAGAGCCUCAUGAAGGAGCAGGACCUGCUGGAGUCCAAGCUCAGGUCCUAUGAGAAGGAGAAGACCAGCUUCGUACCCACGCUGGAGGAGACGCAGUGGGAGGUGUGCCAGAAAUCAGGUGAGAUCUCUCUCCUGAAGCAGCAACUGAAGGAGUCCCAAAUGGAAGUGAAUGCCAAGGCCAGUGAGAUCCUCAGCCUGAAGGCACAACUGAAGGACACAAGGGCCAAGCUGGAGGGCCUGGAACUGAAGACACAGGAUUUGGAGAGCGCACUGCGUACCAAGGGCCUCGAGCUGGAAGUCUGCGAGAAUGAGCUGCAGCGCAAGAAGAACGAGUCCGAGCUCCUGAGAGAGAAGGUGAACCUGCUGGAACAGGAGCUGCUGGAGCUGCGGGCCCAGGCCAGCCUGCAGCGGGAUAGGGAUGCCGCGGGCCUGGGGCCUGCCUUCUCUGAGGACAUCCCUGCCCUGCAGCGGGAGCUGGAGCGCCUGCGCGCUGAGCUGAAGGAGGAGCGGCAAGGUCACGACCAGAUGUCCUCGGGCUUCCAGCAUGAGCGGCUGGUGUGGAAGGAGGAGAAGGAGAAGGUGAUCCAAUACCAGAAGCAGCUACAGCAGAGUUAUCUGGCCAUGUACCAGCGGAACCAGCACCUAGAAAAAGCCCUUCAGCAAAUGGCCCAUGGGGAUGGUGCAGGGGAGCCUUUUGAGAUUGACCUUGAAGGGGCUGACAUCCCCUAUGAGGACAUCAUUGCUACAGAGAUCUGAAGGGCCUCCCAAGAGAGGAAGAGACAGGAACCUGAUAUUGGGUUGUAGGGGUGCUGAGCCCUCCCCAUAUUCCUGCUCAGUAACUCAGGCCACUUGGAGAGAAGCCCCCACCCCCAGGGCACAGGCCUGGGAGCCACAAGGGAAGUGGAGGAGCUGCUAUGGGGCCACUCCCCCCCUUUCUGAUUUUCAGUGCUUAUCGGCUCUGCAGCACCCCUAGAUCUUAGGCUCUGACUCCAGUUUUCUUAAGAGAUGAGCCCAGGGAUCUUCAUCGUUUGGUUAAGGGCUCCCUAAACCUUGGCUUUCGUUCAAAAUACUUAGAGAUGCCCUCUCCAGGUAUGGUGCCAUGAAGCCAUGGCCCCCCCAAGGACAGAAACCCUCUCGUGUCUCUUCCCACAGCUUUUUCUCCCCUGGGUGCACUGAGAUGCCUUGGCAAUAGCAAGAAGCCACCAAGACUCUGGUGAGAAGAGUCUUGGGACCUGAUCUCAUCAUCUAUCUCCUGAUCUGCUUUCCUCUGGCUGUGGGGGCUUGGGGUGGGCGUGGGAAGCCUGGCUCAGCUCUUGGACCUGCCCAGACCCCAGAACACCAUAAAGCAAGGGGAGCACCAGGCGGCCCAGGCAUGCUAGAUCCUGUGGGACCCAGAGGGACCGGAGGGAGGCACCAGCAGGUGAUGGCCCUACGAGCCGGAGGUGAGCCGCCUCAGGGGCUUCUGGCCUUCACCUCAGUGACCACCCUUUCAAAAGCCAUGGACGAUGAGGCGCUGGGGUGCGUGCUGGGAAGGGAAGAUUGAAGCCACCUGGCCCAGGGAGACAUGACUUGUCAUUGUGCCGGGAAGCGCCUCCUGAUCUUUCCAUCAGGGCCAGAGUAGAGGUUUCCCUGCCUGACUCAAGUUGGCCAGUGGCUACUCGAAACUGGUUUUCUGGAAUAACCUAUGUCCAUCAGGGAUGUGCAGGCCACUCCCUUCCUCUGUCUGGGGUCACUCAGUGGCACAGUGGCAUCUCCAGGGCUGAGUUCAGACGAGAGUGUAGGUCAGGAGGGGGCCCCAGUCUCUGGACAGGCAGAGAAGGAAGCUCAGGCACAGCCCCUAGCUCUGCACAGCCCCUGGCCCAUGGCUGCCUCCUCCAUCCUCUCAUGAGCCCCUUUGUAAAGAAUCUAGGGGCUGUAGCCCGGGGGGUCUGGGCAGCUCCUGGGCAAGGGAAGGACUCCUGAAGAUGCGCAGAAGGAAAAGAGGCGUUUCUCAGUUGCUUGGUUCAGGGACUUUUCUUUCUUCUUUCUUGUCUUUUCAGAAGCAAGCCAGAUCUAGCAGGCAGCCAGGCUGUUCCAUGUUCUAUUUUUGCUGUAGCCACAGCUGCUGUUCUUAGGACAGCCAGCCCUUGCUGGAUGCCUGAGCCUCGUGCCUGCAUGCCGAGAGGGGUGGUGAGGUAGGAGGGACGAGAAACUCUGGAAAGUUAGCAUUUGGAGAACCAAAAAGGUUCUGCCUCCAGACCAGCCACCAGCCCUUACAGGAAUCCAGCGUAGGCGCAGGGAGCCGCUUCUCGUCCCUUGUCUUCUCCCCACCAUGUCCCCAGGGCCCACCACAUUCCUUCCUGGAGCCUGGGCUGAGGGCAACCAGCUUCCCUUGUGGUUGUCUCGGUCGUGUGGUCCCUGCUGCCUUCACAGGACAGAGGAGGUGUUCUGGAAUUUCAAGCCAUUGUUUAGUGAUAGGCUAGAUUUGUACCUGAAAUCAAUGGGCCAAAAGCCCCUCCCCUUCCUGGGGGGCAUUGCCUUCCCAUGGGCUUAGUGCAGAACCCCCAAAUCAAAGAUGCCCCUUGUGCCACACGUUCCUUGUGCCACAGCCCUGGAUCCCUCCAUUUCCACCAGUCUGUGCCUUGUUGGAGUCCUUUCUGCCGGUGAACCUGCCCCAUGGGCUAGCAAAAGGGGCUGCUUCUCCCUCCCCAGUCUCAAAAUACCCCUUCCGACAUCCUCCCUCCCAAAGAGUAGCCAAAAGCUCAGCGCUCUGCCCGCAAGACCUUCCUUGAGAAGAGGUGGGUGCUAAGCCCAGGGGAGGGUGCUCAGGUAAAAAAAACCUGGGACUCACCUCAGUGUGCCCCUGUUGUGACCCCACAUCCCCAUGGCCCUGAACCAGACCACCCCACAGAACCCCACUGACUGCCACCAGCCCAAGGCCUAUGUAGCCUGGGGUGAUGGCAGAGUGCAGCGGUAUCCCGUGACGUAGUGACUUGCCACCAUGUGGUUUUUCUCCCCUUCCCUGUGGAAAAACUUACUGUGCCUGGAUGAGGCCAAACCCAGGAUCUCUGGAAGAGGGCUCUGAAGAAUGAGGUGGAGCAGGGAGCGGGCAGGCCGGGGGCCAGCAUGAGCUCCCUGCCCCUCUGACCACGCAUGCUGGCAGCUGCUCGCUCAGCCAGGCCACUCUGCUCCCCCGAGAGGGUCUGGCCCAGAAAUGCUCCGGCUGUCUGCGGAGUGCCAUUCAGCACCAGUGUCUAGUCACCAAGGAGGGGAUUCUGCCUCAGGGCCUUGGGAUGACCAGACCCUCGCAGGAGAUCUGCAGGUAUCUCUGCUGACUUUGGGCCCUUUGAGUGAACUGCUGGACACACUAGGUCCCAUGAGCACUGAACUCUCUGAGGGCUGGGGGCGCUCUCCCCCCAGGCAAAGGCUUGUGGAGCCCUGACCCCUGCCAAGAAUCUCCCUGCUCUCGGGGCUAAGCCAGGGUGGGGGCUAUGGGAGCAGCAGCUGUGCGAGAGGCUUCCCUGUGGGCCCUCAGUCCUGAGAUGGUGCUGCCAUGCAGAGGCCACAGCCCUGCUUGCGUGGACACUCCUUGGCCUGUGUGGUCAGCCUUGGGGCUGCGUCUGUGGCAGGGCUGGAGCCCACCGGGGCUGGCUUCAGAUGGUCUGGCAUUGGAAGAAUUGUAUAUGGUUUUUCCUCUUGGUUGUUUCUUGUUUGGUUUGCUUUACUUUUGACAGCUUUGUUUUAUUUUUGAUGCCCCUUUUUGCCAUGUAAACUAUUUCUGGUAAUUUUAUGUUUUUAUUUAUGAAUAAAGAAUGCCAUUUCUCAUGUUGUU